UUCAGCUCCAACCAUGCCACAUCUUUUCUCUGAUAUUCCAGACAAACUGCGUGUGAUACUGUCACAGGCUGCAAAUAUAUUUCUAGCUGUCGUUCUGAUUUACAUUAUUCAGUACAUCUUUAAUUCUGAGUUUUCAUGCUCCUGCACAAUUGGGUUUCAUUCAAUUGGAUACAUUUACAUUUUUGUCAUUCCUAUGAUAUUCUUCUUUAUUUUAAAAAUAGUAAGACAAACCACAACAAAGGUUUGUGCUGUCAGUUGUGGCGGUCUUUGUCCUCAAUGUUUCCAACUAUUUGGAAUCUGUCUGUUCUGGUGGGGAUUUGUCCUUUUAGAUGGAGACCUUUAUGUUUGUAUUGCGACCAAAUUUAAUGUAUCAUUGGUUGAAAUUCCUUGCAAGAAGGAACACACUUUUCAAGAAAGCAGCAUGAUUACAAGAUAUAAAAACACGUCACAGACUAUUGGUUACAUCCUCAUAGCUAUUGGUUUCUUUGGAUGGUGUCUGAUGUCAAACAGGAAGAUUGGGAUUUGUUGUGAUAAUUGCUGCCCGAAUUGUAAGAACUGCUGUAAAAGAGAACCCUACUACAAGAGGCUGUAUGAGGAGCUCCUGUCUGAGGAAACUGAUGAAUACUUGGAUACAAAUUUGAGAGAAAUUGCAAAAAUGAAAGCAAAAAGUGUAUGUUCGAAGUACAUGGACUCUAUUAAAACAAGCCAGAUUAGCCAGGAUAAUGAAGAUAAUGAACAAACUUUAAACACUUCACAACCUUCACAUCCUUCUGUAAAUGUUGAAGAUGCUUGGUCUACAAUAUCACAAGCAGAUUUAAUAAAUGUACAUCUGAGCACAAGUGUGCACAGACCUCCGGAGGAGCAGGAAAGUAACAGUCCAGUGACACCUACCGUAGAACGGACCGAAGGAUUGGCUAUUCAAGGGGCUGGGGCUCGAGUCCACCCCAUGCACAACACUGCACCUGAGCAUUCCUAAUCAGUGUGACAAACAAGGGGGAAGCAAAUAAUAUAGUUUGUCAGACUGUUGAUUGAUGUUAAUUAUCAUAACUGGCCACUAUUUAUUUGUUUUAUUCUAGAAUAUUCCUUUUAAAUCAAUUAAUUUAAAUCAAUCCAUCGGAAUAUUUGUUAAUACAACAUCAUAAGACCAUCUUUUUUACAUAUCAAAAAUAAAUCAAUAUUGUGUUUUCUGAUAAUAUUAAUAUGAAUGUCUACAAUUUUUUACGGAAGUUC